AGAAAUUACUAUUCAACAUGUAUGUAUGUUAUUUAAGUUAAUUAUUUCAGAAAUAAGCCCGGCUAACUGGUGUAACCAGCAUCUCUUGUGUGACACUUAAAUCGGUAGCUAGUCGGUAGCUAAUCAACACUUUACGGUAGAUUAAUUAUAUUAGCUUCGGUCUCUCUGAGCGAGUUUUGCUAGCAGCACUAAUAACUAGCUAACUACAAUUUUUUUUGUUUCCUUACAAUGUCUGCAAAUUCAGUAAAUUAACCUCCAGAUAUUACCAAGCUAACCUCAGGGCUCUUGAAACAGACAAUUCAAUAUUUCCAGCGUUGAGGUCAGGAAGCCUUUGCGUGCUUUUUGUUUAUAACCAUCGUUUACUCCAGACUUUGAACCUGUGACGACAAUCUGUCUAAAACUGAUAACGCAUAAAAAAAGCAAGUGCUUUAUCCCGAUUUUCCUCAUGCAGCCUUGAACCGUCUCUUGAGUGAAGUGCCCCUAUCCAAAGACAUGGCAGAGCAAGAUCACCACCACACAGCAGAAGGCAAGGGACAAGAAGCUCAGUCCACACAUAUGGACCAUGUCUCAGCAUUUGAUGAGUCCAAACAGGAGGAGACCGUAAAGCAGCGACUCUCAGAAGAUUCAGCUUCAUCAUCCGCAUCCACAAACAGAGAGACGAACGACGACGAUGGUGAAGACGUGGUGCCGCCUGACGUUAAAAACAUUGAUUCACCUGAAGAGAGGAGGGUGCCUCUAACAGAAGGAUCUUCACCUCCAGAAGACGACACAACGCCGAAUGUGAGGGAGAACAGCAACCCACCUCAGGCUGAAGAAGGAAGUCAUGGUGAUGACAAGAGAGCAACACCAACAACUGAGCAACAGAACAUGACAGCGGAGGAGAUUUCCAGAGAACACCACCCUGGAGAGACGAAAGCACCAGAAACAACCAGCCCACCAACCCUGGGUGGCAAAAAGAAUGACCAAGUAGAUGGACCCGAUGAGGAAACCCCAGACUCUAACAUAACAAAUCCCGACGCUGGAGAGGAUGAUGAGCGCUGCCCGGAGAAGGAAGAAGAGGAUAUACAGAAGAACACCAUCUCCCCACAGACGGACGAAGAUGUUGAAAACAUUGGUCCUACCACUCAGGAGACUGCUGAUGCUGAACCUGCAGUUCUUGGAAAUCGUGGAGGAAUUACAAUCCUGACAGCAGCUGGUGUGGUGGUGUUAGUAACUGCCUUAGUAAUUGCCUUCCUGUGGCCGCAUCUCUUCCAACCCAAGUCUCCACCUCAGAAAGAUGAAGUGCGGCAAAUAGACAUCUUCCUCAGGCAGUUGGAAAAAGUAAAGACUCAGUUCCCCAACCAGCGUGCGGAGCUCUGGAAUAGGAGCAAGAUCCACCUGCUGAGGCACCUCCAAACAGCCCAGCCCACCGAGCCGGUCAGUCUGAUCCUGACUGCAGGCCACAGAGGCGAGAGGACACUGCACUGCAUGGCUCAGAGACUGGCCUCCGCCUUCUCGUCUUCUCUCAACGCCUCCGUCCUCCACAUCGAUGGAGCCAGCAAAGCCAGCCAGGACAGCGACCAGGUCAAACUGGACAUCGACGCCAAGUUGCAGGGAGCUUUCGAAGGAGACAAACCCGUGGCUGUCAUCGACCGCUUCGAGGAGCUGCCUCCAGGCUCCACUCUUAUUUUCUAUCGCUACUGCGACCACGAGAACGCCGCCUACAAGAACACUUGUCUGAUCUUCACAGUGCUGCUGGGGGAAGAAGAGGAGAUUCCCGCCGAGACUCGCCUGAGUACUGUGGAAGAGAUGGUGGACGACCAUCUUCAGAAGAAGUUCCUCUCCGAUGGCCGUCCAGUAUCUUUUGACAGGAUGGACCUCGACAAGUACGGUGGACUGUGGAGUCGUAUUUCUCACCUCAUCCUGCCUGUGGCAGCAGAGGAGAGGAUAGAACACCAAGGGUGCUAGUGGACAUAAAUAGUCACUCUUGAACUUUUAGUCUGAGCACUUAACUACCGCCUAUCUAUCAGAUUUCUCACUGGGUGACUCCAGUGAUUCUGAGGCGAGUAACAGUGGUUUUAAACACCCAAAGGUUUCUUACAAUUGCUAUUAUGAAGCUCACUACAGAUUAAGGCAUUAAGUAUAAAUGAGACACUUAAUAUUAAGAUUAUGUUGUGGGAUGUUUGUAAAAAGAAGAAAAAUAAUCUCUGGACAUUCAUCAUGGUGCUUUAUUCUUGUAGUACUUUGAUCAAAUGUUAUUAUAGUUAAAUUAUAAGAUGGUUCAACUUGGGGCUUUGUGGAUUUUGCAUCACAAAGCUUGACAAUACAGAGCUAUUCUUUUGGUAUCACAACACAGGGUUUAUUAUUUUUAUGACUUCUUUUUCUGUGAUACUCAAACCUACAUGGCACCACGUGCCUUAACCGAACUUCCUAUGUUCCUUUUUAUAUACACAUAAACAUGUAUCACACUGAGACUGUAUAUAAUCACGCUACAGUUAAGAGUUUGAUUUCAAAAAAUAAAAAAUAAGUGCAGGAAUUGGAUGUGCCUUAAAGUGCCAAUAAACAGGUAAUUUAAAA